GGCUGAGGCGGCUGCCGGCCGGGCUGUGCUGGCGGGGAGAUCCCCGGCACCCCCAGGGGCGAUGGGCAGAGGUGGUCGAGCAGAGGGACCGUGCCCGCUAAGGCUGUAUUGGAACUGCGCUGGAAACGCAGCGAGAAGCUGAUACUUUGCUGAGCGGGGCACCCUUGGAUGCUUUGCCAGUUUCCUCGGUUGUUGCUGACAGUGAAAGACUUCCUCUGAAAGCUGUUUAAAUGAGAAUGUCCCUGGCACAAAGAGUACUACUGACAUGGCUCUUUACCUUACUCUUCCUGAUCAUGCUGGUGCUAAAGUUGGAUGAGAAAGCACCGUGGAACUGGUUCCUCAUUUUUAUUCCAGUUUGGAUAUUUGAUACUAUUCUUCUAGUGAUGUUAAUUGUUAAGAUGGCUGGGCGCUGCAAAUCUGGCUUCGACCCUCGCAAUGGCUCUCAAAACCUGAAGAAAAAAGCCUGGUACCUGAUUGCAAUGCUGCUCAAGUUGGCCUUCUGCCUCGCCCUCUGUGCCAAACUGCAGAGGUUCACUACAAUGAAACUGGCCUAUGUAUUUAUCCCGUUGUGGGCCUUGCUUAUUGGGGGUAUGGUUGAACUUGGAUACAAUAUCUUCUAUGUACGAAGAGACUAAGCUAUGCUACUUGGCUUUCAGUGCCAAGAUUGGUACCAAACUACUGGAUUGUUACAGUGUUGCCAUAAACUUGAUCUCCCGAUUGGACCACCAAAGAAGAAAUCAGUCAAGAUGGAGAUUAGAUCUAAAAUAGGCUGAAGACUGAGAGUAGAUUUGUUCUAUUUUUUAUUUUAAACCUGUUACAUAAGGUCUUGUAAAUAAAAGUAUUUGUU